CGCCCCCGAGGGCUGGCAUAGGAGGAGUCAGAGCUCGGAGGCGGCCAAGCUCUCGCGAGAUCUGGCCGGAGGGAGCGCUCGCGGGGUUCCUGUCCCCUGGCGACGGCGCUGAGAGCCGAGGCCGCAGGCCCGCCCCGCCCGUAGGGAGCGCAGAAAUGGAUGUGCAUUCAGAAGAUGUAGAGCUCUAAUGUGAAGCCUGCGACAAAGUCAACAAUGGCAUCAGAACUUUGUAAAACGAUCUCUGAGGCAAAGCUGGAAAGGCACAAGAACUUGUUCUUAAAUUACCGAAAUCUGCAUAAUUUUCCUUUGGAAUUAUUGAAAGAUGAGGGUCUGCAGUACCUGGAGAGACUCUAUAUGAAAAGAAACUCCUUGACCACCCUGCCAGAAAACCUUGCACAGAAGCUUCCAAACCUCGUGGAAUUGUACCUUCAUUCAAAUAACAUAGUUGUUGUACCUGAAGCUAUUGGCUCCUUGGUUAAACUGCAGUUUCUGGACCUAAGUGACAACGCUCUUGAAAUUGUGUGCCCUGAGAUUGGCCGCCUGAGGUCUUUACGUCACCUUCGAUUGGCCAACAACCAACUGAAAUACUUACCUGCAGAAGUCGGAGACUUGAGGGAGCUGCAGACCUUGGACAUUUCAACCAAUCGUUUGAUAGCUUUACCUGAAAGGCUGCAUAUGUGCCUUUCCCUGCAGUACCUGAGUGCUGACGGGAAUUAUCUAUGGUGUGUCCCCCGCCACCUCUGCCAACUCCCUAGCCUCAACGAGCUGUCCAUGGCUGGAAACUGUCUUGCAUUUCUGCCACUUGAUUUAGGUCGUUCUCGAGAACUGCAAUAUGUUUAUGUGGAUAACAAUAUUCACCUGAAAGGGCUCCCUUCUUAUCUGUACAAUAAAGUCAUUGGUUGCAGCGGCUGUGGCUCCCCUAUUCAGGUUUCAGAGGUGAAGCUGCUCUCCUUUUCAUCGGGACAAUUAACUGUGUUCCUCCCAGCAGAGGUGAAGUCUAUAGGGACAGAGACCGAUCACGUGCUGCCUUUGCAAGAGCUAGCCAUGAGGACACUCUAUAACACCUACUACGGGUUUUUAAAAGAUUUCAGCUUCCUGACUCCAAUCUCAUUACCCAAAAGUCUCUUGGAAUUACUGCACUGCCCUCUGGGACACUGUCACCGUUGCAGCCAGCCCAUGUUUACCAUUGUCUACCCAAAGCUCUUUCCCUUGAGGGAGACUCCAAUGGCAGGCCUGCACCAGGGGCGGCGAACUGUUAGUUUUGUGGCAUACUGCUGCUCCACCCAGUGUCUGCAGACUUUUGACCUACUGAGUUGAUAAACGCUUAAAGCUACUCAGGAGCGUUGCCAGUUGAAAGCUGCAUUAGACUGUAUAUCUCGUUGGUACUGGAAUACUGUAUGUUUGUGUACAUGUGUGCAUACUCCAAAAUAGCAGAAAUGCUCAGUCAGGAACACUAAGAGGCACUUAAAUCCUGCCCUAUCAAUUUUAGAUGAGCUGCAAAAACUUUUUGGAAAUGUAACGAUCAAGCUUUUACAAGUAUUAACACCUUUGCUCUCCUCCAAGGCAACGUAUAAAUCGAACUAAUUCAAGGGGCUCAGUCUCCAGUAUUUUUUGUUAGUGUUUUCACAUGUGGAGCUAUUUAGGUUGAUAUUUCAUGUCAUUUAAAAGUGUUUUAGUUCUUGAACAGUGUUAAAUGGACACAUAAUUUAAAAAACAUAUCUCCAGUAUGGCAGCUCAGUUUUCACUUGUUACUUAUAAUUUUCUCCCACUACCACCAGGAUUAGGGGUAUACAGGCACGCAAGGACGGCAGCAGUUUAAGGAUCCCACUUAUAUUUGUGUGCCAUUUUCUCUUCCCUGCCUCCACUCCCCUCAAUAGUUUCCCCAUCAAAGAGCUCUUAUGGCAGUAGGUGGAGCCUUUACAUCUGACUGAUGUGUUCAAAUCCACCUAGUGAAAGCAGUACCUUCCUUCCAGACAUCGCUGCAAGACACAGCCUCUGCUGAAGGAGUGCGGGGUGAGCAGGGAGAACUCAGCCUGCUUUUGAAGUGAAGGCCUGCCUGAAGCUACGCCCUCAGGUUCUAGGAAAUCAGUGUCUUUGUAACACUGAUUUACUUUUGAAAUAGCUUUCAUCUUGCAUGAAAAAAUCAGAGAGAUACAUACAUAUUUAUCCAUAUUUAUUUUCUGUCUGCUGACGAAAAUCCUGGAGUAGUUUGAGAGGUGAACAGUGAGUCCUGUAAUCUUGCUGAGAGCUGGCCCCUGUAUCUCUGGGUUCAAGGUUUGACUGAUUUCCAAAACAGCUUGUCACGUAACUUAACAUUAGAGGAGUAUGAGAAAAACAUACACACAUUCUCAAAUAUCUUUACAAAAGGUCUGUAACGUGCUUUUUAGCAUGUUUGUGGCAAGUGUAACUCAAAACCCUGUUUAUUACUGUCUUGGUUGGGGGUCAUUUGUUGUUGGAAUAUUUUCAUUACAACUACAGUACAAAGGGCAGCAGCAGGCCCAAGAUGUCUGUGAUUUAUAUUUUUAAUUUUAAACUAAAAAUGUCGGCCUUUUGGUCUGUUCUGCAAUAUAUUUUUAUUAAUACAUUAUGUUCAUGAUUAAUUUAGUUUUUAACCACAACUUACUUGGGGACUUAACACAAUGUUCUUCGUUGUAAGUAGUUACAUGCUGAAAUAGGUCUGAAUGGAACAAUUUGGUGAUAUAAAAAUGGCAAGAUAAAGAGUCUUACUUGGUAAUGUAUUAAUAUACGCAGUGGUGAGGAAAAUGUAUACCUGGAAAGAGUCGCUUUUUAAAGUGCUUCGCAGUUGCCAAAACAAGCAUCUGUUUCUACUGCAGGGUUGCUGUGAACUGUUCAAAUAAAUGGAGCAUCCUAAGUAUUUCAAAUGUCACUAGAAGGGCAGUUUUUGAGAGCAGGAUUCUUAGGUAGGUUGUACCCAUUACUUAUAACAAGGUGCACGAGUUCUCUUCAGCUGGUUUUAUGGAGUUGAAGUUGCUGCCACAUAUUGGAAGAUUUAUGCUUUAAGGAGUGCAAAUAUCACCUGCAGUUCCCGAUAAAUGGAACUUUCUAUAAUAAAGCCCUUUUGACAGAUCCACGUUCAAGUGGGAAAUGAGCCCAUGUCCAAACAUCCUCUGUGCUGUUGGAUUUCUUCUCCUCUGUCCUUUCAUUAGUUUGUCUUGUAAAUCCCAAGUCUGGGAUUUCCAAUAUGUUGUCUCAGUCACUGGGGAUAGGUAUAAAGGCAGCAACGUGGGUGUUGAGCUUUUCUUCCAUUCUGCAGGACAAUACAAGUUUGAGUUGUAAGUUACCCACGUUCAGAGUAUCCCUAAGUCAGAAAAUCAUAGUGUGAAAAUUCAGAAGAGUGGCACAGAUUCCUCUAUUUAAUAGCUGGCACUUUGCACUAUUUAAUUUGGCACACAAUGGUGUGUGAGGUAUUAUAUACCUUUAAAAUAGAUCUAGAAUAUAUCAACCCAGGCAUAAAAAAAAAUCCUUUGUGUAAGAGAAUGCAGGCAACAUGCUCAUUUGAAAUUCGGAACAACUGGUUCCCAGGCACUUGCUUUCCCUAAAGUACUAGUGGACUGAAAGACAACACUGAAAAAUAUUUUGAUGGUACAACCACUGUGGAAUUGGAAAUUAUUAUUACUGGUUCCAUGCUUUAAUAGAUCAGGAAAAGAAAUGAUUAAUUUUCAUUGUUUACAUUUUCCUUUAUACUGCAGAUUUUAUAUUGAGUUGACUGGUUGAUUUUUCUCUUCUCAAUGUUAAAAGCACAUAGAUUUGGAAGUACCAUUUUAUUUUAAGCAAAGAUCAACCUGUAGGAAAGUUUAGCUAAAAGAUAGCAUUGUUCUGGUUUAGUGUAGAUCACAUGAUAAGAGAGCUUAUUGUUGUUUCCAUAGCUUACUGAAAGGUGUGAAUUACGAAGUGUUUUAUUCAAUUCAUCAGUCUCUUUAUUGUUAGCAAGUGCAGUCCAGCAUAAUACAAGCAUACCCUGUAAGAAGCUGAAGCUUCACCUAACAUAUUAUAAAGUAAUACUACAAUGAUUCCAGUCUUCAAUAAAUAAAAUAUAUUUAUUUUGUAUAGCCAAAAUGUGACAGUAUAAGUUUUUUCUUUUAUUAGUGAUACUGGAAGAAAGUCACAAUUAUGGACUGGAAAAAUAGCUUAAAUUCAUGUUUAUCUGGUCAUUACUGAUAGAGCCUCUUUUUAUAUUCAGCUACAUUUGGGUGGUGAGUCCAUAGUUUAAAAUAAUUUAACACCCCUGCUUUGUCCAAUUUUUUUCUGACUUUGGUGUCUGUCUUCAGUGUUGUUUCAAACUGGCCAAUAUGAAGAACAAACUAUGCAAACUGAGAGGGCACAGUUAUAUUGCUGGCUGGAUGGUGGGCCACCAAUUUUACAAUAGAGAUUCCCACUUUUGUGGGUUCUCUCUCGAAUGCCAUGGGUUUUCUAGCUCAGUUUCAAUUGCUUGGUGUUCCCAGUCUAGAUCGGGUUGUGCAAAGGUUACCCACCCCUUGAUCUUUACACAACCUGGUUCUCUCAAUAGUUGUCCGCAAUAUAAUUCCUUUAUUACUGCUUUUAAGGAUGUGUGAGUGGUGUCUUAAAAUAAAAAUAAGACCUCAUCUCCUCAUCCAAGGAACAAAACCAUUUUUGUUUCGUUGUAUUUUGUAGGAUUUUCCCUUUUCUGUGUGCUUUUUGUCCGUCAGGAUGACUAGUCAAAUAUGUUAAUACCUCAAAAAAGUGAGGAAGAAUAUUUUUUCAGAUAAUAUUACUUUAAAAGUGGUCAUUUCUGAGGUAAAAUUUAGAAUACAUGAAGUUAAUAUGGGGAGUAUCAGAAUAUAAACAAAGAUCACAUCUAGCUUAGCUCACAUGAAGUCCCACUGUUAACCUUGCAAGCCUGCAGAUGCUGGCUGCUGGUCUUUUAAUGAAGCCAGCUUUUUGUUCAAUCACUGGGGGAUCCAUUGCUUUUAAUAAAGCAUCCCACUUACCUCUUUGCAGUACAGUAUGCCUGCGCCAUUUGGGAGGUUUCAUACUGAGUGAUAUGUGUGCUUGCAAUCCCUUACACUGGGCCCUGCACACCUGAUUGCCUCUGCCAUAGAGGAUCAGAAUAUAAAUAAAUCUCCUUUGUGAAGAAAAAAAGGAAUAAAUACGAAUAUCAAGCAAGUGUUGAACAUGACUCACUAGGAGUCUGAUACUGAUCUCAUUGAAUUUAAUGACAAAAUUUCCACUAACUUCAAUGUGAGCAAUAUCAGGCCUUAACAGAGAAGACCUGUUCUGUUGUACCAAGCCGGCCUCAGAUCUGCAUAACUAACUCUACUGAAUCUCAUUGUCUAGUAUUUCAGAGGAGUAGAGGAAAACUUGUGAUUUUUCCCCACUGUAGUAACAGUAUGUUCAGGUUUUACUGGCACUUCAGUAUCAGUUAGUUGGUUUGAUAGUUGCAAGUAGUUGUCUAGAAAACAAAAUGACACGAUAAAUAAUUGCAGAAACAGACUUGAUCUAGAUCCCAUUGAAGUGAAUAGGAACCUUUUCCCUGAUGUCAGUGGGAGCUGUAUCAAGCCUUAAUUGACUAGAGAGAGAGGACUGUUUUUCCCAUCAUUAUAUUGCUUGUGAGAGUUAGGGCUUAUAUUUUCCUCUUUCCCUUAUCUUAAUACUGAUAAAGAAUAUCACCAUUCAAGUCAUUGCAAAAUAUAAACUUGUAAUUGAUUUGUGUUUGUGACUGCUGAGUAACUUGAACAAAGGAGUUUUACUACUUUGUAUUACAAACCUGUGAGUUCAAAGGUGUUUUGGAAGGAAAUGGCAAGAUUCCUAUGAGGCUUCCAUUUUUUUUCUGCUGUACUUGUGCCCAUCUUUUGUUGAGUCUGAAACUGCUACAAGCUGAGCUUGUUCUGUGUGCGUUUUUAGAGUAUAAUGUAUAGCUUCUGCACUGUCUUAACCAAAUGUCAGCAUGUGGGAAAAUGAGUUUUGCUAGACAUUUAAAGUAAAGUCAGUGGUGCAAUUUAUUGUACACGUUGGUUAAUAAAUUAUAUUUUUUGAUAGUUUUACAGUUUACUAAAACUAACAACUUCUGUUGCUGUAACUGUUUUAUUAGAACAGAGUGUGAAAAUAAUUAUACUCUAGUUCAUUUGCAUAGUGAUUAGCUAAAAAGUCUCCAGCCCCCACUUAUAGGGGAAAACACUUGAAAAAUAUUUGUAAUAAGUCCGAAACACUUUUUCAGUUAACCCCUUGACUCAGCAGAUCUCAUGGUUUCUGUCAUAUAAUCACAUCUGCAGUUCCAGUGCCAAAAUUAAGCCCAUGCAGUAAGAUGCUAAUUUGAAAUGUUUUACAAAUUAGUUGAAGAAAAGUAACUUUUCAUAGGUCUUCCUUAUGGGUCAUCACAGCCUGGCCAUGAAUAUAUUUCCUCUGGUUCAUAUUGCUUUCCAAACAACCUGCCACAACUUUCUGUGCCACUGAAUAAGGAUGAGGGUGCUGAAGAACAAGCGGAUGUUAAGCGUCUAUAAUUCCAGUUACUUCACUCUUUACUGUGCUGUGCAGAGUUUUGUUUCUGUAUGUGAAGCUGCCUCCAAAUCUUUUAUGAAGUUAUUAAAGUUGAAUAGACUGAA